AUGCAAGCGCCGCGGCGUCUGUUUAGCGGGCUUUUUCAGCUCUCGACCCGGCGGCCCGUCCCUUUGAGCCCUCCUGGCCUGCCCCUUCUCCGCCCUCCAACCGCCCUACACGCCUGUGCGACUGCUGGCCCCCUUCCUCCUCCUCCUCUUCCACCAGGAUGCCGUCUCUUGCACGCCUCGGCUUGUUCGAGACACCCCUCUCGACCGACAUCCGCGCCCUCCUCCUCUUGCUCGACGCGCUCGACCGAUCACCGUGAGGGCCCUCGACACCCAGCAAGUACCCAGCGUGACGGCGGACGCGAGCCCCCACGCCGCAAGGGCCCGGCCACCGUCCACGCUCUCCUCGCUAGUGGCGGGCUCCUCUCCCUCUUUGUCGGCCUCUCGGAGCCCUUUCACCCCCACGAAGGUGAUGUGGUGGAUGCUUCCGGCCCGGCAGCCAUCACCGACGACCGCGACCCGACCCUCCCCCGAUUCGCCCUCUCCGAGGUCCGUAAGCACGAUGCCAAGUCUCAGAGCCCAUGGGUUACUCAGGGCGACAAGGUCUACGACAUAACCGAAUGGGUUGGAGCUCAUCCCGGAGGUGAUGUCAUCCUCCGUGCUGCCGGAGGGAGCAUCGAUCCCUAUUGGGACAUAUUCACCAUUCACAAAUCGCCCCACGUGUACGAAAUUCUGAACCAGUACCACAUUGGCUUCAUCGAUCCCAAUGACCUGGUCGAUGGAAAGCCCGCCGCUGAGGAGAUAGAGGACCCCUUCAAGCACGACCCAAGCCGUGACCCGAGGCUCAUCACCCUGACGCCCAAGCCUCGCAAUGCGGAAACGCCAGUGGAAGGCCUCGCUGACAGCUACCUGACCCCCAAUGAGAUCUUUUACGUACGCAACCAUAUGUGGGUUCCUCAGGUCGAAGACACUUCCAACUACACCCUCAAGAUUGAGCUUCUGGACGGAUCCAUCAAGGAGUACACCCUUGAUGACCUCAAGACCAAGUUCAAGCCUGCGACCGUUGUGGCGGUGCUCCAGUGCUCCGGUAAUCGACGAAGUGACAUGACGCGCAAUGCUCGGAAGACCAACGGGCUCCAGUGGAACGUAGGCGCCAUCUCCUGCGCUGAAUGGGAGGGCGUCAGGCUUUCUGACGUACUCGCCGACGCCGGCCUCCCUGUUCAGCAAGCUAUGACGGGCGAUUCGGAAGCAAAGCACGUUCAGUUCUCGGCUCUGGAGGCAUAUGGCGCAUCCAUCCCCAUCGAGUCUGCCCUGGACCCCCGCGGCGACGUUCUGCUAGCUUACUCGAUGAAUGGCAAACCUUUGCCGCGAGAUCAUGGCUAUCCCCUCCGUGCUCUUGUGCCCGGCCACGUCGCCGCUCGUUCCGUCAAGUGGUUGAGCCAGAUCACCAUUUCCGACGAGGAGAGUCACAGCCAGUGGCAGCGCAAAGACUACAAGUGCUUUGGUCCAAAUGAGACAAGCCCCGACUGGGAUCGCGCAGCGCCAAUUCAAGAGAUGCCCAUCACCAGCGCCAUUACAACCGUCCGGCUAGGUGACUGGAAGGAAUCCACCAGGGGCCCGGCGUCGGAUGCGAAGACUAGCGACGCCCGCGAGGCCUCUCUUAUGGGAUAUGCCUACUCUGGCGGCGGUCGCAGGAUAGUGCGCGUCGAUGUGAGCCUCGACAACGGCAAAACCUGGGACCAGGCUGAGCUUCUCGACGAAAACGAAACCCUUCCACCGAAGGCCGGCCACAAGUCUUGGGCCUGGAAGCGCUGGAGGUAUAAGGGCAUCGUGCCUCUGGGUGAGCCCGGGGUAGGAAGCAAAAAAUGCUCUACUCUUCUGGUCAAGGCGACAGACGAUGCCUACAACUCACAGCCUGAGAGCUAUGAGGCCAUUUACAACCAGCGAGGUAACCUUGCAAACGCUUGGCAUCGCCUAAGGAUUUGUUCCGAGUGCGUCAACCAGCCACAAUCGCUGCCAGCAGAGAAGGCCACACAAUCCUGA